AUGCAGGGAUCACCUACAUGCCCUCACCCCACAGGAACCAGCUCUAUAAAGGGAUCACCUACAUGCCCUCACCCCACAGGAUCCAGCUCUAUGCAGGGAUCACUUACAUGCCCUCACCUCACAGGAUUCAGCUCUUUGCAGGGAUCACCUACAUGCCCUCACCCCACAGGAUCCAGCUCUAUAAAGGCAUCACUUACAUGCCCUCUCCCCACAGUGUCCAGCUCUAUGCAGGGAUCACCUACAUGCCCUCACCCCACAGGAUCCAGCUCUAUGCAGGGAUCACCUACAUGCCCUCACCCCACAGCAUCCAGCUCUAUAAAGGGAUCACUUACAUGCCCUCACCCCACAGGAUCCAGCUAUAUACAGGGAUCACCUACAUGCCCUCACCCUACAGGAUACAGCUCUAUAAAGGGAUCACUUGCAUGCCCUCACCCCACAGGAUCCAGCUCUAUGCAGGGAUCACCUACAUGCCCUCACCCCACAGGAUCCAGCUCUAUGCAGGGAUCACCUGCAUGCCCUCUCCCCACAGGAUCCAGCUCUAUAAAGGGAUCACUUACAUGCCCACACCCCACAGGAUGCAGCUCUAUACAGGGAUCACCUACAUGUCCUCACCCCACAGGAUCCAGCUCUAUAAAGGGACCACCUACAUGCCCUCACCCCACAGGAUCCAGCUCUAUAAAGGGAUCACUUACAUGCCCUCACCCCACACGAUCCAGCUCAAUGCAGGGAUCACCCACAUGCCCUCACCCCACAGGAUCCAGCUCUAUAAAGGGAUCACUUACAUGCCCUCACCCCACAGGAUCCAGCUAUAUGCAGGGAUCACCUACAUGCCCUCACCCCACAGGAUCCAGCUCUAUAAAGGGAUCACUUACAUGCCCUCACCCCACAGGAUCCAGCUCUAUGGAGGGAUCACCUACAUGCCCUCACCCCACAGGAUCCAGCUCUAUAAAGGGAUCACUUACAUGCCCUCACCCCACAGGAUUCAGCUCUAUGCAGGGAUCACCUAUAUUCCCUCACGCCACAUGA